CUAUUUAAACGUACCCAACAUUCAUUCGAUAUCACAUUUAACAUCUUGUAUCAUCAUAAUUACUAAUGAUGUCUUUAUCCAUCAUCUUCUUUCUCAUCACUUUCAUAUUUGUUAGAAGAUUUUUAACCAAGAAAUCUUCAAGCAACCAAUAUCCAUUACCACCCGGUCCAACACCUUUGCCAUUGAUCGGAUGCACCAUCCAGAUGCUUCUAAACAAGUGGACUUUCCCCGUGUGGAUCCAUAAGCUCAUGGACCAGUAUGACACCCCGAUCCUUUGCAUCCGGCUUGGACCUUCAACCCACGUCAUCACAGUUUCGUCCCCUGACCUCGCAUGCGAGUUCCUCAAGAAACAAGAUGAAGUAUUCAGUUCAAGGCCAGAUUUCUUGUCAUCCUAUCUUGUAAGUGGUGGAUAUCUCGCCACAAUCUUGAGUCCAUUUGGAGAACAAUGGAGGAAGAUGAAAAGAAUGAUACAUCACGAGAUGCUUUCCCCACGAACGCACAAAUGGCUCCAACCUAAACGUGACAAAGAAGCUGAUUUAUUGCUUUGUUACAUAUGUAACCAAAUAGAGAAACAAGAUGCUAUAGUUGAUGGCGGCAUGAUAAACGUUCGAACCAUGAGCCAACAUUUCUUUGGGAACAUAUUGAGGAAUAUGUUUUUUGGGAAACGAUUCUUUGGGCAAGGAAUGGAAGAUGGGGGGCCGGGUAAAGAAGAAACUGAAGUUAUGGCUGCACUUUUUACCAUCCUAAAGUAUCUUUAUGCAUUUUGCAUCACCGAUUAUUUCCCAUGGUUAAGAGGGAAGACUGACUUUGAUGGCCAUGAAAAGAUGAUGAGGACGGCAAUUGGAAUUGUUCAAAAGUAUCAAGAUCCAUUGAUUGAUGAACGAAUUCAAAUGUGGAACAAUGGAACAAGAAAGGAUAAAUGUGAUCUCCUUGAUGUUCUUAUUACAAAUGAAGAUCCUAAGCUUACACCAGAGGAGAUUAAAGCUCAAAUUAUUGAAAUAAUGAUUGCUUCAAUUGAUAAUACUUCUAACGCAAUAGAAUGGGCGAUCGCUGAGAUGAUCAAUAAACCUACGAUUCUAAAACGAGCAGUUGAGGAAUUGGAUCAUGUAGUGGGUCGUCAAAAGCUAGUGGAAGAGCACGACCUACCCCAACUCAAUUACUUAAAAGCAUGCAUCAAGGAAACUUUCAGGUUGCACCCAUUUAUACAUUUUGUUCCGCCUCAUGUUUCAACAAUGAAUACCACUGUUGCUGGUUACUUCAUCCCUAUGGGUAGCCACGUUAUCUUAAGUCGUUUUGGGCUUGGAAGGAAUCCAAAUGUGUGGGCGGAUCCAUUGCGGUUCGACCCAGAUCGACAUCUUUUAGGUGAAGGAAAACAAGUGGUUCUGUCGGAUAGUGACCUGAGGUUGAUCUCCUUUAGCACAGGAAACCGUGGUUGUCCAGGAAUAACAUUGGGCACAACAAUGACUACAAUGAUGUUAGCAAGGAUGGUCCAGGGGUUCACCUGGGAGGCGCCUGGUAAUGAGCGGUCCAUUGAGCUUGUAGAAAAUCCUAAUGACCUCUGCUUGGCUAAGCCACUUGUCGCAAAUGCUAAGCGACGGCUGCCUCGCGACAUGUAUCCUACAUAUUGACCAGAAGAAGUAUUGAUUUUGAGCCGGGUGCAGACGUGUGUAUUAUAUUUUAAAUAUUGUUUACUUUUAUUUUUCAAAUUAUGAAUAAAUGUCAUUUCAUAAGGAAGAUCAUCAUCAUCUCAUUCUCAUACAAGUAUUUCUUUAAACUAAUGCAAGUAUU